UUCAGAAUGCAAACAAAUGAACCCUAAUUAGGUAAGCACACCGUACAAGGAAAAAAAAUACUGUAAUAACAACAGUACAAUCAAAACACAAAAAAUAGCACAUGAACAUAGGAUACACUGGUCCGAAAGAACAAAGGCGGUAAAACCCUAAAACAGAAAAAAAUGUCUAAGCCAAAACGGUUUGUAUGGAGAGUUAAGCAGAAAGCAGCAGCACCACCGCCACCUCCACCUCCACCGCCGUGGGUGGAGCUUCCUCGAGAAAUAACGGCGGACAUUCUUCGGCGGCUGGGAAUCGUAGAGAUAUUGCUAAAUGCAGAGAGAGUUUGUAGUACUUGGUGGAAUGUGUGCCAUGACCCUAGCAUGUGGCGAGUCAUUGACAUGCGCGAUGACGAUGAUAUGUACAUGGAAGAUGUCUUCGACAAGUUGUGCCGCAUCGCCGUUGAUCGUAGCCAGGGUCAGUUGUUCAAAAUUAACAUCGAGUAUUUUGGCAGUGACGAUUUGCUCAAGUAUAUUGAGCAGAGAUGAAGUCAGCUAAGGCAUCUACGACUUGUCAGCUGUGAUAAUAUUUCAAAUGGAGGUUUGGCUGCAGUUGCUAAGAACUUCCCGUUGUUGGAGGAGUUGCACAUUUACUUAUCUGCUAUUAGUAAAGUGGAUAUAGAAGUUGUUGGCCGUUCUUGCUCUCAGCUAAAGUCAUUUACAUUGAACGACAGUGGAUUUAGAGGAUUGGCAGGAUUUAGACGUUUACAGAUCGAUGUCAAUGAUCAAGCUAUGGCUAUUGCAGUAAAUAUGCCUGAAUUGCGACACCUUGCACUUUUUGGAAAUACCAUGACAAAUGAAGGUCUGUCUGCCAUUCUUGAUGGCUGCCCACGACUUCAAUCACUUGACUUGCGCCACUGCUAUAGCAUUGAUCUUAAAGGGGAUCUAGGAACGAGAUGUCACCAGCAGAUUAUAGAUCUGAAGUGCCCUCAUGAUUGCACUCGUGGUUAUGAAUUUAGUGCUCAAAUUUGUGAUUAUAACUCUGGCGAUGAUGAGUCUGAUGGUCUCUCAGAUUAUUACGAGUAUGAGUAUGACUAUGAUUAUGAUGACUUUGAUUACGACGACUUCACUAACCCCUUUAACGGCGAGUAUCUGGAUGAGGAUGGUUUCUUUUGGUGAGAUCGUUCAAUGCUUUUUAUUGCUUAGCAAUGCAAUACUGAGAUCCACCUGGUCUAGUGGAGAUCUUCGGGAGGAAGGGUGAAAUUAGCUAUUUGCCAGAAAUUUAAUGGUUCCAUUGUUGUUUUGCAGGUUCUUGGGUGCUGGUUGAACAAUGAGUGAGUCCCAUAUUUUGCACAUUGCUGGUGGCAGAAUUUUAAUCAUAGUUACCAUGGGCUUAGGCAGGCCUUAAUCCUCUUCCCUAGUGCUCUUUGAACCUCCUGUAACUACUGUGUUCUACUCUUAUGUUUUGGCUCAUAACUUCUUCACUCUAGUCAAAUUUGGUUGAGUUUCUUACGGAAGGAAGUUGGAACGUA